AUGACUGCAACGUCUCAUGAGCCUGCUAUCCACAGUUGCUUUGAAGAGAAAACAGGCACGUGGCAGUACAUAGUUGCCGAUCCAGCUACGAACAAAGCCGUCAUUAUCGACGCUGUCCUGGACUACGACGCAAACUCCAGAACCGUUAGCACAUCAACGGCCGACAGUUUACUCGGCAUCGUAUUUCGCCAAGGAUAUCAAGUCGAGAGAAUUCUUGAGACGCAUGUACAUGCCGAUCACCUUACAGCUGCGUCUUACCUGCAAAGCCGACUCUUACAAAUCCAAGGGUCCAGGCCGCCGAUUUGUAUUGGGAAGCGUAUCCACCAAGUCCAACAGUUCUUCGCUGCUAAAUACGGAAUUCCAAUCGACGAGUACGAAAACGCGUUUGACCGUCUUUUCGAAGACGAUGAGUCGUUCGCACUAGGGCAACUGACGGUAGACGUCAUGCAUCUUCCAGGACAUACUCCCGACCAUUUGGGAUACCGAAUUGCUAAAAACGUCUUUUGUGGCGACUCCAUCUUCCAUGCAGAUAUUGGUACAGCGCGAUGCGACUUUCCCGGUGGGAGUGCAAAGGACCUGUACAUGUCGGCGAAGAAACUGCUUAGUCUACCGGAAGACUUCAAGAUUUGGACUGGCCAUGACUACCCAACAUGUCCUGCGCGGUGCGAAGCCGUUCCCUGGAUGACGGUUGGUGAUCACAGGGAGAGAAACAAGCAUGUUUCUAUCGACAUUGCAGAGGAGGACUUUCUCACACUGAGACGGGAACGCGAUGCAGGAUUGGCUGCACCAAAGCUGCUGGACCCUUCGUUGCAGGUUAAUAUCCGAGCUGGUAGGCUACCCCGGCCAACGCCCGGUGGUGAGCGUUUGGUAUCUCUGCCAAUACAUUCGCGAUGCGACGCAUGGUAG